AUGGGUAGCUUGGCCUAUAUCACUCUUGCAAGGAGAACAAUUGUUGAAGAAGUCUAUCAAUUGGAGACCGAUGGAACUCAAUUUGAACUUGGAGAAUCAGGAGUUUUUUUAGCACAUGUUCGAACCCAAUCUUCCAUAAUAGAACAUAUCAAGGCUGCACAGAGUGAUGAUCCGAAACUAAGAAAGCUUAUGAAAGAUGUUUGCAAUGGGAGGAACGCAAACUUUUCUCUUGAUCAAGAUGUUUUGCGUUGUGGUCAACGCUUAUGUGUGCCAGAUAGCCACGACUUGAAGAAAGCUAUUUUGGAGGAAGCUCACAAUUCUAAGUACACAGUUCAUCCAGACUCCAAUAAGAUGUAUCAAGAUUUGAAACAAUUAUUUUGGUGGGAAGGCAUGAAGAAAGACAUAGGAAUUUUUGUUUCUCAUUGCUUAACUUACCAACAAGUUAAAGCUAGGGGUGGCAAAGCGGGCCGGCCCGCCCCAUAA